UGUGAUUUUUAUCAGUAAACACGCCGCCGCCAAAACUGUCAAAUAUUUUUUCCAAAGUUGACUAACUAAAAUGACUAUUUCAGUAAUUAUUUUCGCUAUAAUUGUGUGACGGAUCUGCUUUUAUGUCAAAAUCGUCAAGAAGUCCGAAUUAUUUCUAAAGGUUAUUCCAGAAUAAUUCAAAAUGAGUACAAGCGACUCAUCCGAACCGAUGCAGGUGGAUUCAGUUCAGGAAGACAGUUUCUUCUCUCACAUUCCGCUACCAAGCUUACAACAGUUAGCAUCCAUUCAAGUAGUUCUGCCAAUGAUGUUUGAGCACUUUUCACAAAAGAAGAAAGUAUCCUCUUUUGAAUAUAAAUAUUUGGAUUCUGAUUUGCGUAAAGUGGUGGAAUCUUUGAAAACUCCUCAAACUAUUGAAAAAAUACUUACGAAAGCGGUGAAAAAGAUUGCUAAAGCAUUGGAUAUAUGGAUGAAACAUUUUGAAUCGCGCGACUUUUCAUCUGCCAACUUGGAAGGUUGUAGAAUCUAUGAUUGUAAUUGUAACCCGAACUGGUGCGUUUGGCUUUCGAGCGGCGAUAUCGAUUAUAAACAGACUGCUGACAAGAUGUUAUCUUCUGGCGAACUGAGUGAAACGCAAAUAUUCGCUAUCAUGUGUGCGUAUUGCUUAGAAGAUGAAAUCAAAGCGUUCGAUUUAAAUUCGCUUCCUGAGCAUUCUAUGAAAAAAAUGAACCUAAAUCGCUACUUUUUAAUCGCUUAUUGGAUCUUUUCCAUGAAAAAUAAAUUGCACGACCUCUUCGCUGGCAUUUCCGGUUCCUUCGAUGCCGCAAUGGCCAAUCGGUGCGAUGGUGAGCUCGCGUUCAAGUAUUUUUGGAAUCGUUUGGGCAAUGAAGAUCGAAUAUCAGUUGCUAAACACAAAAUAAGUCGUUUUGGCACUGGUGAUAGUACGUAUUUUUGCCAAAAUCAAUUAUUUUCCGCGAUGACGUCCGCUGAGCAUCUUCAUCUGUUGUCGAUGGUACCCGAUGAGAUUAUAAUUAAUUUUUGGUUCUUGGUGAAAUCACCUUCGCUUGUAUGUUGGGCAUGGAAGUAUUCCAAAAAUUCGAUGACUGCCAAACAAUUUUCCAGAAUAGUGGAAGAAAUAUUCCAGGCCAGAAUUGGGUUCGAUAAAGAUAUGCAGAUGCUUAUAGACUUAUGGGAUACGGCUCCCAUCCAUCUCAAGACGUAUGCAGCUGAGCGCUUGGUAAAUGUGAUUUUUUCACCAUCUCAGUUCGGCGGUUUACUGCCAAUGGCUGACUGCUCUUAUUUUGAUGAUGGUCUUACUUUGGAAGAAGCAGCGACAAAGCAUUCGAAGAAAGAAUACGCGUUGAAGUUUUUGUAUAAAUUUUUAUUGCUAGUAAACGCGGAUACUCGAAGACAGUUGAUGCUGAAGAAUGCAAUCGGGUUCGGGGUCAAUGUUAGCGACCCUCGUUUGAUGACUGAUGUAAUCAGCUUAUGUUUGCCAAACUCUGGAGAUCAAUUGCUGUAUAAAAAAAAAAUCAUGGAUUCGCCCACUAUGAGCGAAUAUUGGGCAAAAGAGCUUCGUCGCAGAAUGGGUGUAGAGAAUUUAAAGUCCCAAAUAGAAGUUUAUUCGACCGAUGUAAAAGCUGGUCAAGAAUUCACGAAGCGAGUACUUCAGUCGAAAUCUCUAGAUAGAAGUAACUAUUUUUUCAAUACCGAUAAUUGGAAUAAAAUGAGUAAAUUUAUCGAUGAUACUUUCCACGAUGAUCCGACGUCCGCCUCGAAUUUAAAAACACAACUGCUUUCCUCCCUUUUCACUAGCUCCGAUCAUUAUACCGAAUGGAACGAAGAGAAGAAGGUCGAUGCGAUGAUGAAAAUUGUCGAACAGGGUUUUACUCCUAAAGAGCUUGCAGUAGAAAAGCGACGUUUUGCUCAAGCUUACAAAUCGAAAAUACAAAAACGCGGAUUUUGGUGGAAUCGGUUCAGGGUAAAUUGUUUCAGUAAAUUGAUGACGUGGUGUGUGGGUGACGGAGAAGCCUUACUGAAAUUCAAGAAAAGUUUUUCUAUCGAUAAAAUGUUCCACGAAGUAAUUUACGAAUUGAACCAGAGUUAUUGCAACGAUUCCGAAUUUCAUGAAGAUUUGUUGCAUCGAUUUGAUGAUUUUUUGAAUUGGAUUUUCCCCAGUGCCGAAGAAAAGACGAAAUAUAAAUUGAAUAGAUUGGAGAUGUUGGAUUUGAAAGAAUUCGAUAUGUUUUCAUAUCUUUUAGAAGAUGAUCACCACGAGUGUUUGCCAGAGUUAUUAGGUUGGUUUUACGAUGUGGACCGGGUCCCAUCUAAGGUGUUUAAAGAAUUCAAGGCGAGAAUCAAUAAAGCUUUUAAGAGGAGCAGAAAUUUUUUCUUCUAAAUAUUUGCUUCGCGUACUUAUUAUCUCGAUGACUGAAACAUAUCUAUGUAAGUGUAACCUGUGAAACGAAGUAUUUUCUAUUACCUAUAUAUUUUUUUCAUUUAUCUGUUUUACAUUUUAUUAAAAUGACUUACGAAGUGUCAAUUAAGUAUACCAAACGUAUCGUAUUCGAUUUUGUAUUUUUAUAUUCGUAAUAAAAGUUUCAAUUCAUUGUA